AUGGUGAAAUGUGGAGCAUGUGGCAAAUUUCUAUCUGCGGCAGAAACUGUGCGCUGCAUCAAGUGUAGCGGCUCUUUUCACAAAGCUUGUGUGGCCAUUCCGGAAUCGGCUUCGGUUAAAGGCUGGAUAUGUCCAGGGUGCAAAAUAAAGAUACCCAGGGAAGACAAUACUUCUACCCCCUUGAAGGGUAUCUCCGCUACAUACGGAGCUCCUGCUAGUCCGUCGCAACUGGACGAUACAGCUCACAACGUCACAGAAGAGUUUAGGAUGGAUCUGGCAAUGGAAAUACGUGCAUUCAGGAACGAGCUCAGUGCUUUGCGGGCGGAAGUGCGUGAAUGUCGAACGGAGAUUUUGGAUUUAAAGGUCAUACUGAAUUCCUAUGAUGAGAAGAUUUCAUCUAUGGAGACUAGGAUAAUGGCACUCGAAACAAAAAACAACAACCCCACCUCUGCCAUGGAAACGUUAGAAGUCGCUGUUACUGAGCUUAAAGCGCAACUGAACACAAGAGACCAGGAGCUUUUAUCCAGCGACAUCAACAUCACCGGUAUACCCGAGCGAAGUGGCGAGAAUAUUAUGUCCAUAAUAAGGGUUAUGGCGGUUAAACUGGGCGUUGACCUUGACGACAGGGACGUUACCAGGGUGGAACGUGUGGGCUCUACGCGGCGUGACAGGGUUUCUGGAGGUGGUGAGUCAUCGGCUUCGGGUGGCGAUUUUGAUGUGGCGGAUCACCGGCCACGUACUGUGGCCGUGCGAUUUGCUCGUCAGACUGUGCGCGAACAGUGGCUUCGAGCUGCCCGGGUGCGUCGGGUACUCACAUCUGGCGAUCUUGAGAUCCCCGGUCCUACGCGUCGUAUUUAUGUGAACGAACGUCUCACUCGCCUCAAUGCACGACUGUUUUACCUUGCACGCCAGGCGGGUCUCCGGUGUCAGUGGAAGUAUGUGUGGACUAGAAAUGGCAGAAUUUUGGCACGUAAAACUGAUGGUCAGAAAAUUGUACAAAUACGCAGCGAAUGCGAUGUGGCUAGGGUUUUUGUAUGA